UACCACGCGUCGAAGAGACAAAAACAAAACAUUCGCCCAGAAGAAAACCAGAAAAAAGAACCAGAGAAAUCCGCAAUGCCCUAGAAAUAUGUCUUUUUAUUUUUUCUUUCUCACGAAAAUAUUUUCCUGUUUCUAAAACAAAAGAGAAAAAGAAAAGAAAGAAAACAUGGGAUAUCGAGAGAAACGGAUGUACAGUAGAGUCGGUUGUUUUUCUCAGUUGAAAAUGAAAGAAAAAAGAAGAUAUGAUAUGGGGAUUCUUUCUUCUGCUGCCUGACUGACCUAUUUUUGUUGAGCACGCGAUGCUUCUGUCUCACACUGCCCGCCAGCUAUGGAGGUCACUGCACCCAGCAAAGACAAGCUGGUGGUAGAGGUGGUGGGAGCACAUAACUUAAUGCCAAAAGAUGGAGAAGGGUCAUCAUCGCCAUUUGUAGAAGUAGAGUUUGAGAAUCAGAAACUAAGAACCCAAGUUAUGUAUAAAGAAUUAAACCCCAUUUGGAAUGAGAAGCUUGUUUUUAAUAUUAAAGACGUUGCAGAUCUUCCUUACAGAAGUAUUGAUGUUAAUGUGUUUAAUGAAAGGAGGUCUAGUAAUAGUAAAAACUUUCUGGGUAAGGUUAGGAUUUCAGGCUCUUGUAUUGCUAAGGAAGGUGAAGAAAUGCCUCAGUUGCAUACUUUGGAUAAAAGGAGUUUGUUUUCUCAUAUUAGAGGUGAGAUAACUUUGAAACUUUAUGUUUCUUCAAGAGAAGAGGUUAAAGAAAAUGUUGGUUUUGGUAAUGGAGUUGUUGUUUCUGGUUCUUCUGGGUCUGUUUCUUUAAAGAAAAACAAGAAGUUGCAGCAACAGCAACAGCAGCAGCAGCAGCAGCAGAUUCCAGCUAUAGUGAAGCAACAACAGCAGCUGAUUCAAGAAAAUAACAACAAGAAGCAAACACAACAGCAAAGCCAAAACCAUGCGAAGCCUGUGGAGCCACACCAAGGUGAGAUGAUGAAACCUAUUGUUAUUACUACUGCUCCUGGUACUGUUGUUUUUGGGUCUGGUGGUGGUGGUGGUGUUGGUGGGGGAGGUGGUGGUGUUGGUGUUGGUGUAAACGGUUCUAGUGAGUUCUCUCUCAAAGAAACGAGUCCACACCUUGGCGGUGGUCCUUUAAAUAAAGAUAAAAAUAGUGCAACUUAUGAUCUUGUUGAGCAAAUGCAGUAUCUUUAUAUUAGGAUUGUUAAGGCUAAAGAGAUUAUGUUGUUCGGUGGUGGUGAAAUAGUUGUUGAGGUGAAGUUAGGGAACUAUAGAGGGAUUACAAAGAAGGUUGGUUCAAGCAAUAUGGAAUGGGGCCAAGUUUUUGCAUUCUCUAAAGAUUGUAUACAGUCAUCAAUGGUGGAGAUUUUUGUCAAAGAAGGUAAUAAAGAUGAUUUCUUGGGCCGUGUUUGGUUUGAUUUGAACGAGGUUCCAAGAAGAGUGCCACCUGACAGCCAAUUAGCACCUCAAUGGUAUAGAAUGGAAGACAAGAAAGGGGAUAAAUCUAAAGGUGGCGAAGUCAUGGUUUCCAUAUGGUUUGGGACCCAAGCUGAUGAAGCAUUUGCAGAAGCGUGGCAUUCAAAGACUGCAAAUGUGCAUUUUGAUGGACUGUGCUCCAUCAAAUCCAAAGUUUAUCUGUCACCUAAGCUUUGGUAUUUGAGGGUAUCUGUUAUUGAAGCACAAGAUAUUGUUCCUGGGGAUAAAGGGUCUGCUAUGAUGAGGUUUCCUGAGCUUUUCGCCAAAGUCUUAGUGGGGAACCAGGUUUUGAGGACUAAAAUUGCUGGGCCUAAUCCCACCAGGAGCAUGUCCAAUCCUUAUUGGAAUGAAGAUUUGUUGUUUGUAGUUGCAGAGCCAUUUGAGGAUUGCUUGGUGGUUUCUGUUGAAGACCGUAUUGGACCAGGAAGAGAAGAGGCUGUAGGCAGAGUUUUGCUUCCAAUGACUGUAAUUGAGAGGCGUCAUGACGACAAGCAAGUUGUUUCUAGGUGGUUCAAUCUUGAUAAUCAUUUCGGCAGUGCAGUUGAGUCAAAAAUUAUUACAAGAUUUGGGUCCAGAAUUCACCUCAGGAUGUCUCUUGAUGGGGGUUACCAUGUGCUUGAUGAGGCCACAAUGUAUAGCAGUGAUGUUAAACCGACUGCUAAACAGUUAUGGAAGCCUCACAUUGGUGUGCUCGAGAUGGGGAUUUUGGGUGCAUCAGGACUUAUGCCAACGAAGCUCAAGGAAGGGAAAAGAGAAUCUGCAGAUGCUUAUUGUGUUGCCAAGUAUGGUCAGAAAUGGGUGAGAACCCGAACUGUUGUCGAUAGCUUAUCGCCAAAAUGGAAUGAGCAGUAUACUUGGGAAGUGUUUGAUCCCUGCACAGUAAUCACAAUCGGAGUGUUUGAUAAUUGUCUUGUGGACAAGAUCGCCGUUAACCAUGCCAGUGCUGCCCGUGAUUCUCGAAUAGGGAAAGUUAGAAUCAGAUUAUCAACUCUGGAAACUGACAGGGUCUACACUCACUCUUAUCCGCUACUCAUGCUGCAUCCUACUGGAGUCAAGAAGAUGGGCGAACUUCAUUUAGCAGUAAGGUUUUCUUGCGCUAAUAUGGGGAACAUGUUUCAUAUGUACACACUGCCAUUGCUGCCAAAGAUGCACUAUGUGCAACCAUUGAGUGUGAACCAAUUGGAGAUCCUGCGGUAUCAGGCUAUGAAUGUGGUGGCAUCAAGGCUUAGCCGAUCAGAGCCACCGCUUGGGCGAGAAGUGGUGGAGUACAUGCUUGAUCAUGAUUCUCAUAUGUGGAGCAUGAGAAGAAGCAAGGCUAAUUUUGCUAGACUUAUAAAUGUGCUCUCUGCUAUUAUGGCCAUAGGCAGGUGGCUAGAGUCAAUACGCAAUUGGCACAAACCAGUGUACUCAACCUUGUUUCUUUUAAUUUUCCUCUUGCUAGUUGCUAUGCCUGAGCUCAUUAUCCCUGCCACAUUGCUUCACAUGGCGAUUGUGGGGCUCUGGCGAUAUCGGUCACGCCCACGCCACCCACCCCACAUGGAUACAAGACUUUCUCAUGCUCAAAGUGUAUAUCCUGAUGAACUAGAUGAGGAAUUUGAUUCGUUUCCGACGAGUCGGAGUGCUGAGAUGGUGAGAAUGAGGUAUGAUAGGCUAAGGAGUGUGGCAGGGAGGAUUCAGACAGUGGUUGGUGAUAUGGCUACACAAGGAGAACGUGUCCAAGCAUUGUUAAGUUGGAGAGAUCCAAGAGCAACAUUCUUGUUUGUGAUAAUGUGUUUAUUUGCUGCUGUUGGAUGCUAUGCUGUGCCUAUCAGAGUUGUUGUUGCUUUAUGGGGCCUGUAUAUGCUGAGGCCACCAAGGUUCAGGAACAAGUUGCCCUGCAGGGCUUUAAACUUCUUUAGAAGGUUGCCUGCUAAAGCUGAUAGUUUGCUGUAGAUUCUUUUGUAGGGAGAACUAGAUUGGCUUUUGUUAUGUGUAGGGGUUUAAUUAGAUUUUAGCAUUUGAAGAUAGUGGAAAGGGCUUUUAGGUUUUAGUUUCUCUUUUAUGUGCCUUGCCUUAGUUGUCUUGUAAUGUCUCCAAGUAGGCUAUUUGUAUGCAUGUUAAGCAUCCUUUAUUUUUGUCUAUGUAUGUGGUCAUUUAUCUACUGGCCUAUUCAUUUAAUUAUAAGUGCAAAUUACAGUAAACUUUUAUAAUUUAA